GCCAUUUCCGGUUGGCGCUAGCAACAUCACGCACACGCAAAUUCAAUGAAUGUGGCUAACUUCACUUUAUACAUGUUCGAUCUCUUUCAACUACGUUGAGGCUUGUGCUUUUUGGGAAUUACGCUUUUCGACAUGGCUUUGAGCGUCGCAUUACCCCCAAAUGACUUGAACACCGAGAAUUUUAACCUUUACGACUCAUUUGGCCAUAUCAUAGAAAUAGCGGGCCUUACUCAGUCGCAAUCAAGCCCAAGUCCGUCAGUGUCCAGUGAAUCUAGCGGUAUCGGCUCACUGGGAUCGCUCAAAGCAGAAUCAGUGAACAGUGACUCCCUACCGUCUAGUCCUCAAACUACAGAAAAGAAACUUUUUGAGCCUGUGGUCCAACCACAACCUCUUGUUAAAGAAAAAGUUGAAGAUGUAAAAGUUAUGUAUGGAGGGCGUGAUAUUCUUAACUUGAUGUCUAAUCUCACUGAUACAAGAUGGAGCUACCGUGCCACUUUGCUGCCAUCAAACAACCCAACACUGUUCUUCGCCAAUCGCUCCCAGUACCAUCGCCUGGGGCCCUAUGGAACACGUACACAGUAUGUAAACGAUUCAUGCCGUGCCUGCGGCUUUUCUUGGGUUGUAGGUGCCUCAGAGUGAUGUUUUUACAUGACAUCAUAGAUCCUGAACAAACGAAAGGUUGAACGAACGGGUGCGACUGGAACACAUCAGGGUGCAUACACAACUUGUAAUUGACUAGUUCAUCAAUGUGACUAUUAUUUUUAAUGACGACCUGUUAUUUUGUAACAAAAAUAACAAGGAAUGUUUGCUAAGUGUUUUUGUUUUGUUGUAAUAAUUUGCUCACAAAUCAUUUUAUAAUGUUUUUAUUAGAUUUUGAUGAUUGGUGUUUAUUUGCACUAUGAUUGUUUGUAGGUGAGUUAAUCUUUUGUAGUUCCUUUGUAAGUGAAGUAUAUUAUUUAAAUUCAUGUGUUGAUGUGUAAUGCUUCCCUGCUGUGGGCCCGUCUUAGUGAUGACUGUGGAAUAUUGCAUGUUGUUAUCGUCCCGCGCAUUCGUAGAGUUACAUUUUAAUAGUGACUUAUACUGUGAUCUUAAUUUAAACAAAAUAAUUUUUGACAAAUUCUGUGAGUGUCUAGCGUGACGAUACAUGAAUUUCGUUUUGUUUUAACUUAUAUUUGUGUGAUAAAUUUUAGGCUUACUAUACUUUUUUUACAAUGCCAUAAAUUGACUUGUCUAAAUAGCAUUUUCUAGGUCCUAUUCUAAAUUAUAGUGAGUUCAAUAUUAAAAACGAAUUUUAAAAAAAAUAUUACAUACAAAUCUUCUUUAUUAAGUUAUAUGAAAUGACAUUUAAAUAUGAGUACUUACAUACUGCAAUUAGUUCCUCUUAGAAACGUUAAUAAUUUUGUUAUCCAAAGAAUAUAUUAAAUAUAAAGGGUUGGAUUAUGCAAUUAAAAUAUUUAUUGUUAAUAUAACAUUCAAUGAUUGAUAAUAUUUAAUCAAUGAAUUUUAUGUCCAGUUAAUCUUAAAGCAAUAUUUAAAUCGUGGAUAAUUACUAAUAAUACAUGUUAAUCUUCCCACCAUUACAUGUAAUAGAUAUUAUUUAAAUAUUGUUUUUUUUUAAUAUUGAUUAGUCUUUAGAUGUAAUAAUUAAGAUAUAUUCCACAGUCAUUUAAAAAUAAGAUCGUCAUUGUUUAAACCAAAAGGCUGCUUCUCGGAUGUUAUUUAAAUUUAAACUAUUUUGACGAGAUAGGCACGAAUUUAAGCCAAGCUAUAGGUUAAUUUUAAGGUCUAAUUAUGAUUGAAGGAUUUACCGUCCGAACAUUACAUAACAGUGAUGACAUAUUAUAAAGAGGAUAACAAUCUUGACAAAGCCCUAAAUCAACUUCCUAUCGAUUUGGUGUGAAAGCUUGAACGACUCAUUUAAAUAUUUCAUAUGUAAUACCCACGCAAACAUAGUCAGAGUGGGUUAUCAGUGCAUAUCAUCACAAAUUAUUGCAGUGAUUAGAUAUUCUAAGGUAUUAGUAGUUGUUACAGACAGUUUUAAAACUUUUCGAGUCAUUGACACGCCCAGAUACUGGGUACUUAGUGAAAUUAUAGUAGUCAUUGACAGACUGGCAAAAUAUCUCUAUGUAUGUGCAUAUAUAUAUGAAAGUGUAAUAUUCGUGGUCUCUUAAUUUAGUCAAGAUAUUGAAUAGUGCGAGUCUCUUCAAUUACAUAUAAGUAAUGUUUAACAUUCUAACUACUAUUAAUAAUAAUGAUACAGUCCAUUUUUUGUGCAUCUUUAGUUGUGCUGUUGUAAAUCAGCUUUAAAUUAUUGGAACUGGAGUAAUUAUACACGGUAAUGUAUUUCCCACAAAGUUAUUUUUAUAUAAAAAUAAUAAUAUUGAUAUGUGACAAUACAAAUAUGUAGUUUUCAAAAUUUCUUUAGUUUGUUACUGAUAUGAAAGUUUCUCUAGAGGAUUUGGCAAAUAUUUGGAAGGGACCAACAGCCACGCGAUGUCUAAUAACUUUUUUUUUUAAACAAUAUAUUUAAAGUUACAGAUUUAAAUUGAAAAUGAAUUUUUGUUAUCCAAAUAGAAGCAUUUUAUCAACAUCAUUACCCUGAGUCAUCACCACGCUUAUCUUUUAUCUAAUCAAUUUACUGGGCUAUGAACAUAUUAAUGUAUGAAGUAGAUUAAAAUAUUAAUAAUACAAAUAUAUUUAUAUCUAUAUUAUGUUUCAGUGGGUCAUGACUGAACAUAUAGCAUGGAUCUCAGAAUGCAGCUAACACUAAUACAACAAUAAUGGCCUCUGAUUCGGUAGACACGUUAAAACUCAUUACAGACGGUUAAGAUGCUAUAAUAUUUCAUCCCAAGAUAUCUUAAAAUACCAUAUUUCUUAAGCUAUCACACGGUUAA